AUGACAUCUACAACCACCACCACCAUCGCAUUCGCCAUCAGGACACUGCUGAUCAUCUCCACCUUCCUCACUCUCACCACCGCACUACCCACAGUAACAACAGCCACACACGCACGCAACCAUGUCCCUGUGUCUGCCUCAGCUUCAGCUUCAAUACAGUCAUCGUCGUCGUCAUCAUUGUCGUACCUGACCAAGAGAGACACGCCAGCGGGAAUGCCCACAGCCUGCACCAGCGACUUUGACUGUCUAGGCGCAAGUCGUCCUCCGCACUGGCCACAGGACCAUCCCACAGUCCAGUCAGGAAACUAUGCCUGUGUCUUUGGUCAGGGGUCCAAUGGGUCCAUUGGUAUCAACAGCACCACCACCCCAGGGACAGGGUCCUGUCAGUUUGUCGUCACUGCAGGCGAGCAGUGCAAUGCGCCGACAGACUGCGCAGCCUUUGCGUUCUAUACCCAAUUCGGCCUGACUGUCCCGAGCGACCUGUGUUCACCACAACAUUGUACACUCGAGUCAACCUGUGGUAGCCCCUGGCAAGACAACAAUGCACCCUCCAACCAUACCUUCACCAAUGUCAGAGGUGGCGAAAUCAGCUGCUGUGGAGGACAGCCUGUCAAUUCCGUCUGUACCCUCGUCGGAUCCAAUGUCGACAGUUGCGAAUACCACAGCACCUGCAAUUUUGAUCUCGAUGAACAUCAAUCGGACGACCCCAGCCAGAACAAUGGAUUCACACUGGACCAGAUGAGGCAGCAAGGGCUCGGAUUCUGUCAAAAGAUCGAUCAGCGGAAUCAUGUCUGGAUCGGUGUUGUCAUCACUCUGAUUUCCUCUACGGUCUUGAACGUGGGAUUGAACGGACAAAAGUACGCGUUGCGCAAGCAUGACGAGAAGAGGGUCCUCAAAGGACUGGAAAUGGAGGAGGAACAUGAGCGCUGGCGCCAGGAAUUCGGAUGGACGGAGGAGCAGGUUCAAGAGGAGGCAGAUCGCCUGUAUGAAGAAAAGGAGAAUAGGAGGGGCAAGCUGUACCGUCGUUUGAAGCCAUAUAUGUUCUGGCGAAACAUCUUUGUCUCGAAGCUCUGGGCAGCAGGUCUCCUUGUCUUCAUCCUCGGCAACCUAGGAGGGUUUAUCGCACUUCGAUUCGCACCACAGUCUCUGACAGCACCCCUGGGAUCAAUCUCGCUCAUCUCUAACGUUAUCAUUGCGCCGCUGAUCAACAAGGAGGUGCUUGGGAAAUGGGAUAUAGCUGGAAUCUUUUUCAUUGUUGCAGGAUCCGUCAUGGUCGUCGUGUUUUCAGGCAUUGUUGCCCAAGACUACAAACUGUGCGUGCUCAUCAAUCUGUUCCACAAGCCUGCCACGAUCGUCUACCUGUCCUUUAUCGGCAUCUGCAUCAUCUUUACUUUCUUCUUUAUUCGCUUUGUUGAGAAGAACGUGGAGAACGAGGCCGAUGUGGCCAUCGGAGUGUCAUCUGAGCGACAGCUACAGCAGGAGGGACGACUCUAUCGCAUCCAUUCCAACGCCAGUAAUUUCAGUCUCGCAGCCAAGGAGCGUCACUCAACAUCAAUGCACGGAAUACUUGCGUCCAGUUCACCAGCAACAGCAACAAAUUCCCCCAAGGAGCUGGACGCUGAGAAAGCGGGCGAAUCCUUAAGAGAUCUGGAGACGCCUGUCAAACCGUUUUCGCAGGAGUCUGAGAUUGCUCUGAACACUAGCGACAGCCGUCAGACCAUCACCAGCGAUGAAUCAGGGACUGCCGUGGGAGCCUCGUCAGCAGCCGGGACGGAUCAUCCGCAUGACCAGCGGCGACCGUCGUUCGGCUCUAGCAGAAGCAGUAAGACUAGCAGGCUAUCUAUUUUGGGUCUGGAAAUGAACGCAGAAUCCUCUAGAGUCGGCAAGCAUGAGACACAUUUGAGGUUUGGAGAACCGCCAGCAACAGGAAAGAAGUCGGGCAUUGCGGGAACAACACCGAUUGCUGAGGUUGAUGCAGGACCAUCGAGGCCAGGAAAUACCCAUAGUCAGUCCGGGGCCUCCUCUGUCAUAUCCAACACGCAACCAGUCCGGCGGCGUCGAAACAGACAUCACACUGAUAAGCACGAGGAUGGGGCUCCGUUCACGAUCUGGGAGCGCAUUAAGCGAGUCGAGUUAAUACCUUCUUUGCCAGAGGACAAAUUGAUCCGUCGGAAUUCCCCACUGCUGCGGUUCUGUCUUCCGCUGUCGUACGCUGCACUGGGAGGCAUGAUGGCGUCAUACACGGUGCUAUUUGCAAAGUCUCUGAUCAAUUUGCUGGUGACCAGUAUUUUCGAUGGACAGAACCAAUUCACGUCAGGACUCGCAUGGGUGAUCCUGGUCGUGACAGUGGUAACGGCGGUAUCGCAGGUAUACUGGAUCAACAUGGGACUGAAGAAGUACGACGCGCUGCUCCAGGUCCCGGUGUUCUUCACGAUCUGGGUGCUGCUGGACAUUGUCGGAGGCGGGAUCUACUAUGGGGAGUUCACGGGCUUUACGGCGAAGAAGUAUGUGCUGUUCUGUCUGGGGGUGCUAAUUGUGUUCUUUGGGGUGGCAUUGUUGGCGAAGCGGCUGGCGGUGCUGGCGAAGGAAGAUGUUGGAGAGUCGCAGCCGACGAGUGCGGCGGCCUUGGGGAGACAGUCGCCACAGCCCUCGAUGAGCGAUGCUACUGCUGAUCAGGACGAGCAAAAGAAGGCGGAUUAG